AAUCUGUCAUAUAGACCCAUUCACUUAAUAAACAAAAAUAACGCCGAACCAAGUUGCAGAACAUUUUUCAAGGCUCAUGCUUAUACGCAACUAUCGUACCCAUCGUACCGCAUUUAAAAUUGUAUACGUUCGAUGUAAGCUCAACAGUUUCCAUUUGAUUAUUUCCACUUUCUAAGUCAUGGAUCCAUUCGAAUAUCAUUUUUGGAACCAAAUAGAAAAAUUGGUGGGACCUGUCCCCGAGAACAUUAAGCAUCUGUUGCAUUUCUCCUGUUUCUGCAAUUCCUCCAUCGCCGACCUGGACGAUGAACUCAUUGAUCAGAUCGAACAGGAAGCGCGAACCAUUCCGUCUAUACUACGCAUAUCCACCAACGAGAAGUUGAUGAAGAGGUACUUUGGAGUGUACUGCCACACGCCGAGCGAGUUUAGGUUUCGGUCCGGUGAACGACGCAUGAUGAAGAAUAUCGCACUGGCGGUGCGGAGAAAGGGUCUGGACAGUUUUAUACAAUCGCUACGUAGCACCGCACAUCACACCAGCGAACUUCCCGCCGCUAAACCGGUGGUGAUUUGCUCCCAAUUGCAGAACUAUGAUCCGCAGAGGCUGCGGCAGUUGUUGAGGGAGAAAGUUCUCAACGCGGUGACGAACAACCAAGCGGAAAUUCUUCCUGACUAUCUGAAGAUUAUCCAGGAUAAUUUGGACAUACAAGUCGUCAUGGAGCAGGGCAUCCCAGAUGCGUACGUCUUCUGUCCUUUAUGCAGUACAAAGGCGAAACUGUCUAAAGAUAGGUCAGGAAACAUCAUUGUUUCAAACUACACUCUUCACGUGCGGAAAUAUCAUGGAUUUGGGCCUGUGAGUCAAAGUGUUAAACGGAAAGCUGAAGAUUUUGGUGCAGUAGAAUACAUCCCGGAGCACAUGAUUGAUCCACUGAUCAAAGAAGAGCCUGACACCAGUGGAUAUGAACAAAGUUCCUCAUCUUCUAAUCCAUAUUAUCCUAUGUAAAUAAAGUGACAUAAGUGUCACAAAUUUCUCAACAUUUUACCAACCAUGGCGUGGUUAAUCAAGUAUUAGAUUAGAUAUUAGAUAGAACACUACUGUGAGAUAUUCAAUGCCAA